AUGGAGCGUCCAAACAUCGAUUACGUGCUUCGUAUGAGACCUGAGGAAGAUGAGGAAAAUGUGACUGGUACGAAGGCACUGACGCUCUUGCAAGCUGGAGAGGGAAGAAAUGAGGAAGAGAGCAGACAGAGCCAGCCUGGGUCUGCAGCUGCGGAAGGGGAAGGUACAGAAGAAUUAAGUGGAGAAGGUGGGUCUGCGGCUGGCGAUGCAGGCCUCAUGGAUAACAGGAACCAAGAGGACAGUGGUGCCACUGGCUAUGACCAGGAGAAUGAGAAGCAGCCAGAGGAGCCAGUCCCCGAUUGCAUGGAGGAUUUGGAAAAUGAUCCUGUGCCAGGGCAGUGGUCCUCUGUCAAUCCUGUGAGAGUGUUGGUGCCUGAAUGCCGCCCCCAUCAGCAACACAGGUUCACCCUGCUGCAGCUACAAGAGCUAGAGAGCAUCUUCCAGAGAAAUCACUACAUCAGCGCUACGGAAGCCAAACGUCUGGCAAGAUCCAUGGGUGUGAGUGAAGCCAGAGUGCAGAAAUGGCUUUUGAAGAGGAGAGAAAAAUACAGGAGUUAUAAGAGGCUGUAA